GAAUCUUAUCUAUUUCAAGACCAGUAUCAAGGCCCAAACACAGAUAUUACAAAUUUUUUUAAAAAUUUAUUUAUUUCUGUUCAUAUCUGGAAAUUUAUUGUCUCUCCGGCGAGGGGGCGACGGGCAAGAGCAUCCAGCUUCUGAUCAAUGGCCACCUUUUCGUUAACCCAUCAAAUUCAUCAUACUCCGGGCACCUGAUUCUGGAAGAACCAAGCUUUGACUAAAACGAACCAGAAAUAGGGUCGGUUUAAUCCCAGUAGAAUCGUUCUCCGACACAUUUGAUCUUGAGCUUGCGGAGUCUCUGGAAGAUUCUCUCCCAUCUACUUCUUUUUUCGCCCUGACAGAAGCUCAGGGAUAGGUCGUCACAAUCCAUUCUCUCAACCCAAUGGUCUUCUCGAAAGGACGAGCCUUUUCGCUUCACGGACACUUCUUCCCUCAGGCGGUCGGAAAUAAAGCCAAUUGCUUCCGCUCCUGAAUUCCUGGAUUUACUGGACCCUUCAGGUUGUCGAGGCUGUCCUCAGAGAGAAUUGCGAAAUGGGUAUCGGAGUUUUCGGGGAUUUUCAGUGGGGUAAUUUGUUUUGGUCUGUCAGGGAUAGGGGCGUCUGCUUUGAUGGUGGUGUAUGUGUCCAAAUGAUGUACAGUGGAGGAUCCGAUGUAUUUGAGGUAUUUUUCUGUUGAGGGAGGAGAUGAGAGCUCCAAGAAGUUGCCAUUAUCGAAUCCAAGGGUGUUUGUUUUGGUUGAGAAGGGAGGAGAGAUUGGGAUAGUAGAGGAGUUCAUUGGGGAAGAAGGAAGUCAUGUAAUUGGGCAAAUCCUGUGUUGUUCAAAGUGGUUCAUUCAUAAAGUAUCUAAUCCCACAUCGGCCAGAUAAGAAACCAUUUGCGUGUUC